AACGGGGGCUGCCCUAAAAAAAGAAGUAGUAAAUUUGGACUCCCUUCUUUGUUAUCCAUGUUUGCAGGGAACAAUGAAAAAAUGUGUAAACAGUUGGUCCUCUUGAUUAUGGUGUUGGUGCUAAUGCUUGUCAUGCAACGUUAGAAAGAUGCCUCUAGACUUUGAACAGACAACUUGCAUGUUAAGUGGGUCACCUUGGCGUGGUGGAAAGUUUAGCACAACUUCAAUGAAAGCUGCCUAAUCAAAUGUAAAUUGCGGGUGGACAUUUUUUUAAUUGUUAAAAAGAACUUUAUUUACUUUUUAAAAAAAUAUGCAAAAAAAGAAAAGACAUGAACAUAAUCAACACAACUUAACAAAAAUCUCAACGUAACAAAAUCUCAAACAUAAAAACAUUCAAAUAACAAAAUUCUCAAACGACAAAAUGAAACAAAUUGUGAAAUAAAAUUAAAUCCAAAUCAUAUACAGUAUACAUAAAAAUAACAACUUUAAAUCAUAUAUGUAAUAAGAUUAAAUAAUAAUAAUCAAAAAUAACAAUAUAACAGAAAUAUCUUAAGAUUGAACAACACUAAGAAACUUCACACAUCCCCACACACCCCUCCACCACUUGUGACUUCCAGCCUCUCCUAUAUAAUGAUUUAUAUUACCUUGAUAUAUUGCAUACUUUAUUCUGCUUUUCUUUUCUCUUUUUGCUUUUGUGCCCUUCAUACCUCUGCUACAAGAUUCGCUUUCUCUACCUGUUUCUUUAAAUAUAAUUUGAAUAGUUUCCAAUCCUUCCCUGCUUUCUCUUCACUUAACCCUUUCAAUAUUCCCACUUUAACUGCUAAAUUUUGAUAAUUUGGUUAGCCAAGCUUCUGUACGCGAAACCUUUUCGCUUUUCCAAUUUUUUCUACCGGCUACUGUAGUGUGCUGUAGCGUGCAUCAACACGUGUGCAUCUCUUACUUUGAUUUCUUCAUUUAGCAUGCCCCAAAGGAAUGUUUCUGGCUCUUUUCUGAAUGAAUAUUUGACUAUCUUUUUAAUUCUUUAUAUAUUUCAUCAGGUGGACAUUUUUCAAGACAUGGCAGAACUUAAUUUUAUAUAUGAACAGUUCAGACACAGCUGGAUACAUGUCUAGAAAGCUUGAUAAUGUGUUUUAGCACUUGUGCAACAAAUCUCGUACACUUCAACAAUGGAGUUCUUUUAUCACUGGUGACAGAAGUACUUUGACUAUAAUAAUACUCUUACAGAAGUUGUAUACAGUAAUUAGAUGAGCAGUGGGACUAGGAAAGGAAAUUGGAAUAUAUUGGAGCCAAUAAGAAAAUUGUUUAGCCACCUCAAUAGAAUCAUAGAGUUGGAAGAAACCACAAGGGCCAUCUAGUCCAACCCCCUGCCAAGCAGGAAACACCAUCAAAGCAUUCUUGACAUAAUAGAGUCUCAGAGUUGGAAGAGAGUACUUAGGCAAUGGGUAGGAUGGUGGGAGAGCAAGCUGAACUUGGCUUCGGCUGGACCUGCUUUGCAGUAGUACAAGCAGACAAGUAUAGUUUCCUUAUUCAUACUUGGUGCAGUGUUGCCAAUGCUGAAAGAUUUGAUGGACAUCUGAAAUCCUUUCCCCUGGUGCCUUUUUACAUACAUCAGACUAAAUAAUUGCCUGAAGAUGGAGUGCAACUUCUGUUCUCAGAGCUGUUUUUUUAUAUAUAUGUUGUACAAGAGAGGGAUAACUUGGGGUGAUAUGCUAUGUAAUCGUAUAAUUAUAAAAUCUUGGGCAAAUACAAACUUGUACUCAAGUGACUUGAGCACAGAUUGUUCAGAGCAUUGGAUUUGGGGUGUGUAUUUAACUGCUGUGAUAAAUGACUUCUCUCAGGGUUGUGGAAUGUGGAUCAUGUGUUCCUGAGCUGUCCAAACCCUGCAGCACCAAGCAGAAACACUUUCACGUUUCACUCUUUAUUACACCAAAUCUUAAAAACAGGCACUAAGUUUAGAGAGAAUGGUACUAAAAGGAGAUCAGCAAGGUCCUGGGGGAGAUUCUAGCUUUUUACUUCGUAUAUGUGGUAACUGUAUUAACUUUGUUUGCCUUUCUCUGCCUUCAAAGAGGAACAUGUUUUACAAAUGUUCCUGAGCACCAUUUCUUUGCCUUUUCACAAAUGCCUGUAUACUUGAGAAUCAAACUUUCCACUAAUCACAGAGCAAGGCUUCAUGAUGCUUUGCUUCCUUACAGCUGCAAUCCUAUAGAAUUACUGUAUCAACAAAAUUAGGACCAUGGUACUCCUGUACAUCCCAUGCUUUCAAACAAAACAUGCCUCUCCUGUAUCGGUCUCUAUAGCCACAGCAGGUGCUAUAACUUCACCCCUGAAGGUGCAUCUUCCACACUAUUUCAAGACGGAUGGAUGCCAACCAACUUGUAUCUUUCUUUUCUCCAUCUUGCUUUUACUACCGUAUGUCACUUCAAGAAAUGCCUCUUCCUAGAGAGAGGAAAGGGGUGCUCAUGCAUUGCACAUUGGGAAAAUGCAGUAGGAUACAUCCCAUACAGUUGCAAUAAUAUGGCAGGGCAGUAUUCUCGCCUCAGGCUUUGUUAGCUGCAGGAUACGAGAAAGCAAGAGCAAUCAUUCGCCAAUGAGUUUGGGAUGUGGAACUCCAACGCCAUGUGAGCGAGAUGAAUAAACAUCCAGCUAUAAAGGACAUCACCUUGCUGACAAAGGUCCGUAUAGUUAAAGCUAUGGUUUUCCCAGUAGUGAUGUAAGGAAGUGAGAGCUGGACCAUAAAGAAGGCUGAUCGCCGAAGAAUUGAUGCUUUUGAAUUAUGGUGCUGGAGGAGACUCUUGAGAGUUCCAUGGACUACAAGAAGAUCAAACCUAUCCAUUCUGAAGGAAAUCACCCCUGAGUGCUCACUGGAAGGACAGAUCGUGAAGCUGAGGCUCCAAUACUUUGGCCACCUCAUGAGAAGAGAAGACUCCCUGGAAAAGACCCUGAUGCUGGGAAAGAUUGAGGGCAAAAGGAGAAGGGGACGACAGAGGACGAGAUGGUUGGACAGUGUUCUCGACGUGCUAUAGUCCAUGGGGUCACGAAGAGUCGGACACGACUAAAUGACUAAACAACAACAUAAAGGACAAUGGGAGAGGAUUCUCCCCAGCAAAGUAUUUGAUAAAAUUACAAAUACCUAAAUAUAGACGACCAUUUACCCUUGCCAGAUUUAAUGUAUUGCCAUCUGCCUUAGUGUAGGGAAGAUUCGCAGGUAAACCAUAUGCGGAACGAGUAUGCCCCUGCGGCCUGCCGGAGGUAGAAUCUGCCUCACGUUUUAUUACGCUGCCGCUUUUAUAAUGACCUACGCCGGGCUUUCAUUUCCCCGGUCAUACAAAAUUCUUUAAACGAAUUCCAAUGUCUUAAACUUGUAGAAGAUAUGGACCCUGAGAUUACGCUAAAAGUGGCCAAAUUCUGUGCAGCAGCCAUAAAGCUCAGAGAAUAAGCGGUGCUACCGCAAUGAAUAAGACCCCAAUGGUAAUCUUUAGGCUAUAUUUUAGUGUCCCAGCUCCAAUUUAUACAUUUUAAAUGCUGCUGUGCUGUAUACAUAUAUGUGUGUGUAUUGUUCCUGCUGUGUAAAUUUUAGUGUAUUGUGUUUUAUGAUUUUUAUGAUUCUUCUGAUUUUGUAAGCUGGUCUGUGACCGUAAGAAUCAAUUCAAUUCAAUAUGGCAGGGCAGUGCCAUGUUCCUCUUGAGAAAUGUGUUACUGUGGUAGUUUUCAGGGGUAGAAGAAAACAGAGGUCCAAUAAUUGAACACAUGACAAUUUUGCUUAUUUUCCUUCAUAGGAAUGCAUCCAGGUUUUAAACUACUGUAUGGGAAUUGGCAAGUGUUUAGGGACUCAAAAGUGUUGCUUCCUCUGUUAAGGAAAUAACCCGAGCUAAAGUCAAAAGUAUUUACAAGGCUCAUAUCCUUAUAUUGGUUCUCUUUUUCAAUUUCCCUGCUUGGGAUUGUUUGACAAUUAGGCAUUUUGCCUUUCCCUUGAUAGAGUAUACUCAUUUUAUGAACUUCACAUGAUUAAAUAUGUGUGAAUGUUGUGUUAUUCUAACUCAGUAAAUUUUAAACUAUCACUGAAUAGAACAAAGGAAUUGUAAUCCACAAAUUAUUUGGCUUUAGUCCAUCUUGUGGACCAAUGUAUAAAAGAAAAAAUAGUUAAACUCUAAUAUAUGAGGAUUGUUUCAAUCCAGAGUCUGCUCCAAAUGACUUCACUCUCCUCAUCCCUUGCUACCAGACUUUGACAACUUAUUAUUUACAAGAAAUGGUAGACUGGGCAGGUUCUGUAGCCUUCCUAUUAGAACAAUUUUAAUAUACUUUAAUGUCAAGGCUCAGCUUGGUGAUUUGGUCAGGGAUUUAAAAUAUUAAAAGACUUAUUUAGGGGGGGAAUUCAGAACAAGCAGGAGAAACAAUAGCAUUCUAAAUUUAAACUGUUUAAAAUGGGAAAUUAUCUUCAGGUUACAGAAUCAUAAUCUGCAAAAGCAGACCUGGCAUUCAUUUUCAUGAGCAAAGUUUGUGCUCAAGGCGGCUUCUACCUGAACAGAUAAGCCUUCAUAAGUUAUACCAGUCCAUCAUUGGAGGAUGACCUCCUUUCCAUCAUGGAAGUCUGUACUAACAAGGCUUUGCAAAUAAGCCUUCAACCCUGUCGAGCAAAGCAGAAAAUUAAGAACCUUGCCAAUUGCAUGUGGCAAUUAUCAUCAAAUCUCAUAUGUCCAAUGUGAAAGCUUAUAGUGAAUUAUAAAGAAAUAUAAAUCUGAGCUUGUUUUAGUUCAGGAAAAAGGACAGCAAAGAAAACCCAAAAGUUUUUGAGCGUUUUUUUACAAAAAUGCCAAAGCACAAUAUUUCAAUUGACUUGUCUAAGAUCCAGGACAAAGGAUGGAACUUUCAGAAAUUUCCCCAAAUGUCAGUCCCACCAUUGAAAUCCAGCAGUAUGGCAGCGCUAGUUAUUUAUGAACUUUUCUACAAUUGCUAUAAGAGAAUGAGUUGUUCUGGGACAUUGGAUAUGUAACAAAGGAUUCAGUGCUGUAUUGAGCUGUUUGUGCUAGGCUUCUGUUGACCUCAUUGAUGGAGGGGACUGAAAGGCAGGAAGAGUUGAGCAGAGGCCUUCAUUGCUCUGGGGGCAUUUAAGUGGCCUCCAUCAAGUUACCAAGACAGUUGCAGGCACAUCUAGAAAACAAACCCAUAGCUUUACAAAAGGGCUAGGGCUCCAUACUCUGGAUAUAUCUCUGAUGAUUCCCAUCCUGAUCAUCCCUAUCUCCCCAAAGGUUCCCUCUUGCCCACAGCACAAAUGUGCCACUGCUUGGUGUUAAGGCAGGGAGCCUACAGAGUUGGCAAGCCCUCAAGGGUGCAAGGGCUCCAUCUCCAGCACACACAGUUGUCUUUAGGGUGUAGCAGCAAGAGGCAGCACCUCUGUAUGCACCUUGGCAUUGCACAGGGUAAAUUACACUUGGGGAUACAUGGGGUUGUACGACAACCUGGAACACCCUAAAAUGAUGCGCAAGAAGCAAUGCCUACUACCGGUAGGUGCUGCUGAUAACUACUUUGAUCCUGCAAAAAAGCAAAAGUAGAAAGGAACCAAGCAGUAUUCUGUUACUGCAGAUCCUAUUACUAAUUGUAAUUAGUAAAAGCUGGCUGAAAUUUGGUAACACUUAUAUUGUUUUGCUUUCUUGUACAUUGUGUAUUUCUUUUGGAUAAACCAUAGCUUUAGGAGCUCACUUCUGUGAAGCUUCCCUUUUCCAUAACACAAGUGUACAACAGUACACUAAAGUCUGAGAACACAUAAGCCUAAAGUGUAUUACAAAAUACAGAAAUAUUUUACCUAGGGCCUGAAUAUUUUGUUUAAUGCAACCAAUCUGUACUAUUUAGUCCUGUCAUGAGUUGUUGGGCUUUUUGGGUGGUGUUGCUGUUGGUUUUCUGUAUCUUUACUUAUUGUUUUCUGUAUCUUUAUUUUAGUUCUUGUGAAUUAUGUGGAAAUUGUUCAGUUGUGUAUUUUUGUGUUGAUGAUGACUUUCGUUAUUUGGUAGUUAUGUAUUUUUUCACGUUGUAAACCACUUGGAGCAUGGUUUGAACCGUAGAAAGGCAGCAUACAAAUAAAAUUAUAUAUCUAUGUAUCAUUAAGGUUCUGCAUUCAAAACACUUACCCCAGUAAGCGUGUGGGUUCAAAAGUGACUUCACACGGGAAUAAAAUCUUUAUGGAGUGCAAAGGAAACCUGGGGAUAUGGGGUUUUAUGGGAAACCACCUCCCUGGCAUGCCCUAUUUAAGGUCAGUGGAGCGAAGACUGCAUUCUGAUCUCCAGCGAUCUGAGCGAUUUUUGCCGCGUCUCGGGAACCCGCUCAAGCCCAGGCUCCAUCUGGAAAACAAAACUACCUCUUUCCUUGCCAGCCCCUAAGCGUGCCCAAGCCUUUCCCCCUUUGGCAACCGUUGCAAGCCCUGCCUGCUGUUGCUGCUUCCCCGGGGCUACUCGACAUGGAGAGAGCUGAGCUCAGCCUUGGAGGCCCGAGCCCCGCUCCGAAGUGAGAAACAUCUGGCGCCAAGCGAGCUUGGACCAAGCGCCCAUUGGCUGCCGCGGGUCAGGAUGCAGGGAGGCACCGUUUUAAAGCUAUGAUGACAUCACUUUUUUUCUGGAGUGGCCUUGGGAGGCGAGGCAGGCAGAGUCUCGCUGCAAGUCCCAGCAAAGGGAAGCCGCGUCUCCUUCGGUGCAGUUGGGCACCGUUUUGUGGGAUGACAGCAUCGUCCGCUAUUGACGCCGGGACACUCAUCCGGAGAAAUUUUUGAAGACAAGCUGCUUCUCAGGAACAGCACCUGAUUACACCACUUCCUUGCCGUUGCAACUGAAACAGGCUCCAGGGACAUAGAUGGGCUUGUCUGAAAUCCCACAUCCUCAGUUCUGAGAGAAGAGACCAGGAAUCCCGGCUCCCAAUAAUGCCAUUGUUUUCUCCCCUCACUUCCAACACCCUCCAUGUUACUGCAGCAGGUAGGUUUCUUACAAAUUAAACCACUAUAUCACUUUUCAUGUAAAAACAAAAACAAAAAAGUUGCAUAACCUUCUUGUCUUUACAAAUAGGCUGCUGAAGUCAGCUGGCCAUCCAUCCAUCCAUGUGGCAGAAAGAGGUAGGAGCGACUAAGGAAGGCCUGGAGAUCCAGUCAUCCACCGCGUCUACCUCUGGGUCCUUUGAGAAAGGAUUUGCUGGCGCUCCUCUGUCUGUGGCAAGGAGCAUGAUUAUUGGCACUUCAGCAGUCUGCUGCCCCUGGGGAGAGAGGUCUCUGCCCUUUCUGUCCAAAGGAAAUGAUGUCUGAAGCCAAGCUACAGGGAGAGAUGAAGCCAGAAGGAGGCAGCAGUGAGCCCAGGACCAUGCAGGAGCUGCUUCAGAGGCUCCGGGAGCUGGAGGCAGAGAAUUCGGCUUUGGCACAAGCCAACGAAAACCAGCGAGAGACGUACGAACGCUGCCUUGAUGAGGUAGCAAAUCAUGUUGUGCAGGCGCUGUUAAACCAAAAGGACCUUCGUGAAGAAUGCAUCAAGCUGAAAAAGCGGGUCUUUGACCUUGAGCGACAAAACCAGGCCCUGAGUGAUCUCUUCCACCAGAAGCUGACCUCUGUCUCUCUCUCCCAGCUCCCAGCCCAUCCUGCUUCCUUGCUCUCGGAUCCAUCUUCCAUCUCCCAGCCAGGCACGGUGGAGAAGCACCCAGCUUGGUUGCCCUUGGGACACUGCAUCUUGCAGAGAGAGGUCAUCUCUGAGGAGCAGUGUGCUGGUACUCCAGGGCCCAAUCCCCAGUCCUUGGAAGCCCUGUCCCCGUUCCUGCGCAAGAAGGCCCAGAUCCUGGAGGUGCUUCGCUCGCUGGAGGAGAUGGACCCCCUGCUUGCCUUCCCCUCCCCUUGGAGAGAGCCUGGGCAAGUGGGCUCUCCAGAAGGGGUGACUGCCGAAGCCUGGCCCUGCCUGCUGCUGGCGCAGGGGGAAGGUGGACCUGGGCAGCCUCCUCCGAAAGGAGAGGGCAGCUCCUCCUCCUCAUCGGACGAGGCUGGCGAAGGCGACCCCCCAGAGAAAGGACACCCCGGGCAGGUGCUGCUGAGCACUCUGGCCGAGCACAAGCUGGACUUGGGCGACAUGGAGACUUACCUGCACCAUGUCCUGAGGGAGGCAGGCGACAGCGCUCUGCUCAAUGGGGAGCCCAAUGGGCCUGGCUCAGUGGAAGCCCCAGGGGGGCAGCUGGGCAGCUACAAGCACAUCCAGGCAGUCAGUUGCCUGGAGGCCUUGGGGCCGCCCUCUGCUUGCAGGGAGCCAACUUACCUUGGGGUCUUAGCACCAAGUGAGGGCAAGGACAAGUCCCGCCCAGGCCCGCCCAUCCCCUCCCCCUCCAAGGUGCUCAAGUUGCUUAAGAUGCCGCCCCCUCUCAGCCCCCAGCUGACCCGCAGCUCCAAAAUCCCUUGUCGCAGCAACACCUACGAGGUGUACCACUCCCCAACGCCCAGCCGCAAGGGCUCCCCUGACAGUCCCUUCCCCAGCGACUCUAGCAUUGCUGGGGGACACCCUUCUCCCAAGGCUGCCCGGCACCUUCUUCCGGUGCCCCCCAAAGUCACGCCAACCUCUCCAGAUCCGUUUGGCUACCACAAGCCUCAUGAGUACGAGAAUGUCUUAGAGCUGUCCCUCAGCAGUGCCACCAGCCCUCAUGCGCACUCCCCCCGAGACGCCAAGCUGGAGGUCCCCGACGCACUCCCGCCCACGUGCCGUUCGGCACCUCUCCGUGCCGUGCCGCCCAGCGACGUCUCGCUCGAGACCUGCCCCUUUUCUGGGGGCCGGGAAAAGCUGGGCCCUGAGAGCAGGCACUCUCCCCCUCUCGCUCGCCGAGCCUCCGAAGGCUCCAAGAAGGUGGCAAACGGGCCAAGCAAGCGGGUGCCUGAGGGAGCCAACAUGCCCUUCAAAGAACGGCUCACUGUGCUUGGGAGGCUGAAGGGAGCGGAGGGCAAGGAGUCGGCAGGUUUCGAGAAAGGGAGGGUCCCUGCCCGGCUCUGUGAGCGCACCGAGGGCUUUGCCGAGGCUCACGGCAGGCUGGGCACUGGAAGCAGCAGCCUCAAGCACCAUGAGCCAUGCCAUGGCGGUGACCCAGCCCCUCGGUGCUACUCUUCCCACUCUGUCGGCUCCCGGGGCAUUGACCCCGAACACCAUGUCUCCAAGAGCCGCUUGUUGGGAACUCCAGGUGCAAGGAACCCUCCAAAGCCCCCGCCACCAGGAAAGAACACAAAGAGUCCUCAUGGGAGCCCGACAAAGUUGCCGUCCAAAUCCCCAACCAAGGCCUCCGCCCCAGAGUCCAAGCCAUGCCAGGCACCAGCCAAGACGCCCACCAGCGUCGGGCGCAAGAACCCGCCUUGCCUGGACUCGGUCAAGGGCAGCAAAGCUGGGCCCCCAGCCAGCAUUGAGGAGAAGGUGAUGAAAGGUAUCGAGGAGAACGUUUUGCGCAGGCACAAAGGAGGGGCGGCAGCAGGUGAGGCGAAGCAGAAGAACUCGAGCAGCCUCGCCAGCUGGUUUGGCCUGCGCAAGAGCAAGCUCCCUGCCCUCAGCCGCAGGCCUGAGGCCCCCAAAGUCAAGGAGGGCAAAAUGGUCUCUCGUAGGCUGGAGGCUGAGAGCUUAAACAUUUCCAAACUCAUGGAGAAGGCGGAGGACCUGCGCAAAGCCCUGGAGGAAGAGAAGGCCUACAUCAAUGGGUUGGCCUUGGACAAGCCCCGGCCCCACGCCUGCGACACCGGCCACAGUCAGCUGACCCUGAUGUAUCAGGAGGUGACUGCAGAGAACUUCAUGCAGCAGCUGCUCAAUAGGGUGGAUGGCAAAGAGGCCCCAUUGGAGACUCACCUGGAGCAGAAGAACGAGCUGCAGGGCCUGCAGAGAGGCCUGCAUGAUGCCAAAGAUGCCCGCCUCAUCCGGCCUCCACGCAAUGGCAUUGUUGGCCACCUCCAUGCCUGCCAGGAAGCACCUGCCAAGCUUCGUGAUGCAACUUUGCAAGAGGGGAUCCCGUCCGAUGACAGCCUGGCUGAGUCCGUCACCUCCCAGCACUUUGCAGGAUGCAGCUCCCUGACUCGGACUCUGGACAGUGGCAUUGGCACUUUUCCGCCGCCAGACUACUGCCUCGGGAUGCCCUGCAAGAACGUGCCUAAACCCAGGCCCCGACUUGACCCUCCGUCAGCCGGCCCUUUCCCAGCUAGAGGCCCUCCGCCUGUCACCCGGGUGCCCCGCAAGGCCCGGACGUUGGAGAGGGAGGUGCCCAGCGCAGAGGACCUGCUGGGCCCUAGCAAGCACCAAAGCAUGCCAGCUUUCCACGGCGUCUUAGCCAGUGCCGAGCCACCCCGCAGACACUGGGAUCGCAGAGAUCGCUGCCCAGGAGACCUCUGCAAUGAUCCCAGCAAGCCACGGCAUGCCCAGCAGAGCAAGAACUGGACUUUCCCCAAUGCCAAAGCAUCUGCCACCACUGACCCCUUCCUCUGCUCCCCUCACGGCCUGGAGGGCCUUCAUGGUUCUACAAUGGGCUCUGCUUGCAGCGUUGUCGAAAGGAGGCGGGCCUCGUCGGAUGGGCCUCAGGCCUCGCCGGCCUUCAGCACCAGCAGCAGCCGCACCCCCAGCGCAUCUGACGUGGGCGAAGAGGGCAGCACGGAGGCCCAUUCCAGGGAUAUGGGCCCAGAAGGGCAGCCAGGCCUGGAGAACUCGGAGUCCCUGAGCGACUCUCUUUAUGACAGCUUGUCCUCGUGCGGCAGCCAGGGUUGAGCAUGGCGGGAGGGGGGGGCGGAAAGGGGCACAGGUUUCUCGAUGUGACACCGCCACGUGCUGCCACCUCCUGGUGCUUUGGAGGGCCAAAUGCUUGCCCAUGGGAUCCUGCUUGAUUCUCCCAAACCAAAUCUUGGCCCUGCACCAGAGCACAGUGAUGUGUCUUCCACACCCAGCGCCUCCUACCUGCCCCCCCUCCCCAAAAGAAGGAAAUGGGACCAUGACACCAGGAGGCUUCUCUGCCCAAGAGAAGAAACGGGUCCAAGGAGGUAAUGGAGAGUGAUAGUCAUGCACAUGGACUCUUGCUGAACGCCAUUAGGUCCGCUUAGCUUAUGGGGGGUGGGGGUCCUGGGUCCUGCGCAUCUAAAAUGGCGACCCUUUGGUUGAAGCACGGGAGAUGGGGGUGGGAUCUGUCUUUAUUUUGCUUGAACCCAUGGCCACUUUAUUCGGCUCGUAAAUUCACUGUGAGAGGCGUUGGAUCCAAGAAAAAUCUGUUCUGGAGUUGAGGUGUUCUGAGUAGAGCUGUGUUUGCCAACCUGGUGCCCUCUAGGUGCUUUGGACUACAACUCCCAUCAUGCCUUCCUGGUGGCUGUGCUGGCUGAGUUGGUGGGCGUUGUGGUUCAAAACAUCUGGCAGGCCUCCAGGUUGGAGCAGAGGGUGUUCUCUUGAAAGGGUCGGCCAUUGCAAGGGUGGGUUGUCUGUCCAGAGCUUGCACAAGUGCAAUAUCCUCACCCCCUUGGCCCCCAUUUUGCAGGUGAAGGUUGCCUGAGCCUCUUAAGCUGCCCCUUUUACCUCAUUGGCUGAGCGUAUUACCUUCUCUGCCUUUUGCCACUUGGAGAGCAUGUGCGACUUUGCUAAAUCCAGCAUUUCUCACCACCCAGGAAGAGGCAUAGGGCUCCUCACUCGGUUACAUGUGGGGUUACAUGUAGGGUUAUCUUCAUUCGCUCUCCUCCUCCUCAGAUUUCAUGAAGUAGGCUCUUCUUCCCCAGUGGAACCAACUGGGCAGGAUGCUUCUUAUCCAGAACCUCACAUGCCCAGGACUUAACACUUCUGUGGGUUUCAGGAAUGGCUAGCUGGCUUCCUCACUCCCCAUCCCUUCCUUGUAUUUUCCCCCUUUAAAUGUUAAGUUUCUAAUGUUGCUGUUUUAGUUUCCACACGUUCAGGCCCCCUCUUCUCUCCUUUCCCUGUUUUUAAAGGAGCCUCACAUGGUUCCCCAGAUGGUGCUAUUUUGCUGUGUACAGGUCCCUUUCCUUACAAGUCUUCCUUGCGUUGUCCUUUUUAAAAAAUAAAAAAAUGUUUUUUAAAAAACAACAACAAAACAUUAAGGUGUCUUUUGCUCCUCUACUUAUUUAUAUAAGUUAUUGUGAAAUGAGGCUGUUUAUUGUCUUUUGAUCUCCCAGGAAAUAAAGGGGUAAAAAGUGUGUGUGUGUUGGAUUGGAUACAUGGAUUUUGGGGAAACAACUUGCACAGCAUUCUCCCCUGGUGCCUUUUCUCUUUCCUGAAAAGGGCCUCUCAUUCCACUAAAGCGGUAUGUUUCUGUACCUUUUGAUACCAUCCCCCCCCCCAAUUCCAGUUUAAAAUGAUGUUUUUUUCAGUCUGCUCCCAGAAGAACAGGUUCACAUCCUUCUUGCACCUUAUCACUACUAAUACACAUCCCUGACCACAUGCAUGGACGUCUACAUGUAUACAGUAGCAGCAGCAAGCAUGGUUUCUAAAAUAUUGGACCUGGAGUUGUAGAACACCCUGGGGGAUGUUGCCUUGCCACCCCAGUUACAGGCCACAGGGUGGUGGGGAGAUAGUGUGAUAGGACACUGGCUUUUUCACUUUGCAUGCAGAAAUGAGGUUUAGUUUUAGUAUAGAACAGUGGUUCACAGGCGUACAUCAGGAGUGGGAUGCUAGUAAAAUUACUUGUUCCAAAGUGGCAAGGAGGGGCAGGUUCUUGAGUUAGGGCUGCAUAUUCAUGGUUUUGUCGCAGUUCAGGAUGAAUUCAGGAUGGUGCUGGUGGUGUCAGGUGCUUUGAGUUUUGGACAAUGUCUUUUAAAAAGCCAGUUUAUUUGGGAUUAAACUGAGGUUUCCUAAGACAAAGUGGUAAGAUCAAGGCAUAGGCAAACUUGACCCUCCAGAUGUUUUGAGACUACAAUUCUCAUCAUCCCUGACCACUGGUCCUGUUAGCUAGGAAUGAUGGGAGUUAGAGUCCCAAAACAUCUGGAGAGCCAAGUUUGCCUAUGCCAGGGUAAGAUGGUUUCCAUCACAGGCCAGAACGACAGGUGGAGCGGGGCUUGGUGCUAUGUGCAGACCUGAAGGAGAGAGUAUUCUGGUUCAUCUUGCCUUGCAAGUGCAAAAGGGGGGGCUUCUGUGUCACCUGCCCAGGGUGGAAGAUUCUGAUCUUAAGAAAUGCCAUUUACUGGCUGGAUGUUUUAGCAUUUGCGGGGGCCAUGUGCCAGGACUAGUUCUUCCAUUACCUCACUUGCCUCCUUUAUUCUUAGGCUGAUUGCAGAGGUUUGACACAUGAAAUUCUUGGAAGAGAGCAGCCUUAGAAGAGAUUCUUCCGAGCCCUUCCUUGCAAUAGCAGUUCAAGAGGGAGGGAGCUCCUCUUUCGGAGAACAGCCUCCUCCUCUUCCUGCAGCUCCCUGGUGCUCCCUAGUGACCAGAGGAGCGGCAGUAGCAACUUAGUUGCUUAGCCUUUACAUCACUUUCAAAGGACUGCAAAUAGAGACUGCCCAGGAUUCAAGCUGGCCUGGGCUGCUCACGAGAUCUUCAGAGCAGGGAUCUGCAGCCGAAUCUGUUUAACAAUGGCAACGACAAAAAUAUUCCCCCUGUAAUUAUGGCUGCUGAAACUAGGGAAAUGGGGGCGUAAUUAGGAGGAGACUUGGUGAAAUUACCGAGUUCAGUUCCGAUAUGAAACCAAUUUCCUUGGCUCAGAGGAACCCUGUUCUUUAAUUCUUACUCAAAUGGGUCCCCCCCCCCAUUACCUCGCCUGGUAGCGCUUCAGGAUCUAGUAAAAAACUGCCAACAAGCCCGUGGCUUGGCUGCUGUUGCUUUAAAGCAUUGUGGUUUUGAGCAGUAAUGCAAGACUGAUGGGCUUGGAGCAGAGCUGGAUUGUAAAGGCAACUGCUCUGUAGUCACCCCACACACUCUCCCCAAGCAUCCCUCCUUUUAAUGUCGGUCACAGACAACAGCAGCCUCACAUGUAUAGUGUGCCUCAUUCUUCCUGUGCAUCUGGAAUGCUGAAAACCUCUGCAGUAUUUUCACUGGCUGGAGAUCGUCUACAUUCAUAGUCUGUCUUGGAAAUUAAAGGAACAGGAGGAUUUGAAAAGUGGGCCUGGUGGCUAACCUUUACACAGUUGAAAUUUCAAGGCUGUGUGUUGAGGCAGGAACCAUACACUCUGGAGCAAUUAAGUUAGCCCCAAGUGGCUUGCGCAAAUAUACUUGCAAUGCGUAUGAGGCUUCAAGCAAUGUACAUUAUUCUUUAAUUGUUACAAGCCAUUAAAGUGACUCUUUAUUGGGGGGAAAACAAAGCUAAACUUGUACAGGGCAAUACCCUUAUUAGGCAAACCAACAAACCACUUUUUCAGUUUUUAUCAUAUGUUUCAGGAAGCUUUUAAUGUUUGUUGCUGCUGCUGUUUUCACCUGCAUUUCGGUUGGAAGCCACCUAGAGUGGCUGGGGCAACCCAGUCAGAUGGGUAUAAAAAAAAUUAUUAGAGAGAGAAGAAUUUUGAACUACCUUACAGGCUUGUUGUAUCAAUCAAUCAAUCAAUCAAUCAAUCAAUCUUUAUUAUGGUCACAGACCAGCAUAAGAUAAAAGCAUGUGAAUAAAAUAAAGUGUAUAACUUAAAGCGGAAAGGACUUAAAAUGUUGUUACAGUAUAUAGUAUAGACAGGAUGAACCUAGCUCAUAUAUCUGUAUAGCAUUGGCAGUGAAAGAAAGACAUGUUCCAUUGUUUCCAGUUGCCCAGUGCCACAUGGGCCUUUUCUCUCCUCAUACGGUGUUUUCCUAAAACAGCCUUCUUGGAUGGCUGAAGGGAGGACCUGGCAAUGGGUCAGAGGGAAAGCCCUUUGCUGUUUUGGAAUAUCAAGAUUGGUUAUAGAUGGCAUUUGGGAGAUGAGGUAUCUCCUGGUUUCACUGAUUAGGAAUUUUGGGGACCUGGCCAGAUCUGCUUGGUGUUCUGUGUCUUUCACCUGCUGUCUAGAGUUGUCAUCAUGUUUAUCACUGCCUGCUUCCAUGUUGUUUGGAAAUUGUCCUCAAUAGUUAGGGGAGCAAGGCCACACUCUGGCCUCCAUUCUUAUGAAUCCAGUUUCAAGACAUAUGGCAGCAUUGGAGACGUGUUUAGGCACUUGCAGGGGCUGAUCUCAAAACUUAAGAUUGUACCAGUUCUAGUGGCGCACAAUUGGCAGAGGGACCUAGCUGGGCAUCAUAGAAAAGCUGCAUAAUCCAUUAGGCCUCGAACAGUUUGAGGGCUGCAGGUAUAUCGUGUCCACCUUCAGUUUUGAGGUACUUAAGUAUAGCAUUUGUGCUUCUCUGCAUGUCCCCUGCACCAUGGUCCCCAUAAGCUUUUCUGCUCACCCAGAGCUAUAUAGUGGAACCUCGACUUACAUACGAUUCCAGUUACGACCUUCAGCAGGUGCUUCGAACUUUCCUCUAGAUAUGAACAGAGGCCUUGCCCGGAGCUCGCCCGGCCAGCUGUGGGGCAGUGCUGGGGCCUCCGCCACCAGGGAGAGGCCUCCGGUUUGCCGGAGCUCACCCCGCCGGCUGCAGAGCAGCGUUGAGGCCUCUGCUACCAGGGAGAGGGCCCCCACCCCACCCCCAAAGCUGUGGAAGAGGUGCCACCUGCAAGAGGCACAGCAGGGCGCACAGCAGCCCCAAACCCCGCCGAGGAACUAACCUGAGGAAGUCCAGAGAAGAACCUGGCCUGGCAAGAAAAAAAGUGAAACAGCUCUUUACUGACCCUUGUCCCACCCCCAAGCUUGUAGCCAGGUAAGCCUGCCCACCCUCAGUGCAUGUGAGGGGGGGGGGAAAGGUUUUUUUUUUUCAUCUACAAUACUGUCUUAUUUAUUUUAUAGUACAGUGCAUUGAUUAUUGCCUUCAUUUUAUGGAUCUAUGGUCUUGUUAGACAGUAAAAUCCGUGUUAAAUUGCUGCUUUACGGGUGUUUUUUAUUGUGUAGAAUGGAUCAAUUCACUUUUCCAUUACUUUCUAUGGAAAAGUGCGCCUCCACUUACAUACGUUUCUCGUUAUGACCGGACCUCUGGAACGGAUUAUGGUUGUAAGCAGAGGUUCCACUUUCCUCAGGUUCUUGAAACAGGUGACCUGCUCAAUCUUAUGGCCAUCGAUAUACCAUAAUGAGGUUUGGGCCUUUUGACAAAAAGCAUAAUUUUGGUUUUCUGGUCAUUGAGUUCUAGUUUGCUCUCCUUGCAGUAUACUGCCUUAGUAUAGGGGUGGGAAACUCAGCCCCUCAAUGUGGCCCUUGGGACUCUCCGUGGGCUAGAGCAGCGUUUCUCAACCGCUGUUCCGCGGCACACUAGUGUGCCGCGAGACGCUGGCUGGUGUGCCGCGACAUGCGGCGACGAGAAGGGCAAUUUGCAUUGUCACGUGCCUGGCGGCCGCCAAUACACUACGCUGACCCACCGGAAAGGAAGCCGGCCAGGUCACGACGCGGGGCGAGUGCAGCUCUCAACAGCCACCACCACGGGAGGGUGGUUUUAGACAAACUUAAAGAAGCUGGCUGGAUGAGCUCAACCUGAAACUUGCUGAGCAAAGGAUUGUGCUGGCAGAGAAAUCAGCAGCUUGUGAAGCCUUAUUACAGGAGAUUGCAACCAACACAGCAAUUGGCAAGUGUUUCUUACAGUCAUAAUUAUAUAGUCAAUAUAGGGCGGCACAGAGUUAAAAUUUUUAACUUCUUUAAUGGUGGUGUGCCUCGUGAUUUUUUUCAUGGAACAAGUGUGCCUUGGCCCAAAAAAGUUUGAGAAACACUGGGCUAGUGCCCUGCUCCAGUCAGCCUUUCAACGGCUUUAUGUUUGACUGGAAGGUGUUAUUGAACUGGUGUAAUGCCUAUUGCUUGCCUGAAGUGACAUAGUGAUAGGCAGGUGGGUGGGCAUCUUUUUUGGGUGGCUGGAAUGUAGCCCCCAUGUACAUUUCACCCAGUUUUGCCUCUGACCCCUGCAAUAUUGCCCAUGAGGGUCGGCACACCCCCCCGGCAGUUUCCUGCUGCCCCCAUGUUGCCUGCUGCCUGCAUAGAUCUCAUCCUGCAACUUGUACACAGCCAGUUAGUUAGUCCUGUUCAGCACAGCAACUGUUGGAACUUCAGCUUAUUUUGGUUAAGGGGCUAUAUGGUAAAUGUUGUAUCUUAGCUAACAAGCAAGCUUAGUUAAAGAUGCCAAACUGCUUUCCCCCCCAGUUGGGGACGUAACCGUGCAUACCACCACCACCACCCUUCCUAUUUUUACAUUUAAGAGACCUCAUAGGAGAUACUCUCUAACAUUCCCAAUUAUAGAUCUGUGCCUUCCUCUCCUGGAAUGGGGCAACUGGACUGACAUCCAUCUGUUUUGGGGGAGAAUGAAGGGGUGAGCCUUUGGGGACAAGUCGAGGUGUUGGAAGGUUGCAGCUCUUGCUAAGAGCUGAGGCAGAUGAAGGCACCUGGUUGUGCUGAUGCAGAUUCACCCAAGGUGUUUCUUCUUUCUGCACUCCUCCUAGCGGUCAUUCCUCCUCUGGUAACUACUAGGGAUACAUCACCUGACUGUAUGUCUCUAGGCACUGGGGUUGUCUGGCAGGGCUGUUGUCAGCCUUCAGGUCACAUUUGCAGACAUCUUUGUAUGGGCGAAGCCUCAGGAUCCCUGGAGACUUAUAGGUGGUGGUGGUGAUCCUCCUCCAGAAAGUUAGCAAUGAACAAGCUUCCUGGGGGACCAGCUGCCCCCUAUAUGCCUGAUCUUAUCCAGCCACAUAUAGCUUCAAGGUAGUGGCAAGGCACCAACUGUCUUGUCAGCACUUCAAGCCAGCUCACCAUUCUACCCUAGAACCGUGCAGAGGGGUUCCACAGUAGACAACAUGGAGAGGAGCUGAAGGCUUCCUGAGCAAACAAACUUUGAAAGCCAUUUCUAUAAUUCACAGGCCACUGUGAAUUAUUGGACCAAAGGAGCCUCAAAUACAACAGCCUCAAAUACAAAAUGAAGAAGUAGAGGUAGGUUAAAGUUUGAGGAUUUUUAUUUUAAUAUUUUCCCCGUACAAAGCAAGACAAUGUAAAUUUCAUAGUUGAAUCAAAACACCUUUGUUUCUUUAAAAACCCUGUCUCUUCACAGUAGGAGUCGAAAUAAUGCAGCCAGAGCUGGCCUUCCAAUGAGCGACAGAGUUUAGUCAUUACUAUAUUAAAACCUGUUAGUCAAGGUCUCUAUAAAGUAGAUCUGCUGAAGUUUAGUUCUUGGCACUGGUUCCAGAAAAGAAGGGGGAUGGGGAGAGGGAAGGGAAGGGAAACUCUU